AUGCUGAACUAUUUGAAACGCCGAUUCUCAUCCACCGAGCUGAUCAAUGAAAUCAAGAGUGGUGUCGGUUAUGGGGCGCCACAGAGCCAGCAGCAGAGGCCAACUCAAGAAUAUAAGUACCUUCCUGAGGAAGUACGAAAGCAGACUGUCGAGGAGAUGUCCACACAAAAUGUGGCAGACUCGGGGCGGACUGUGAGCUCACGGAUGGCAUUUCCUAGUGCUCCCAGUUCUCCAACCAAGCAAGGAUCCGUAGGAGGUGGAGGGGGCUUCAUGAACACAGUCACGGGGCAGCUCAAUAAGGCCAAGCAUCUCUUUUCGACCGAGACACUUAAUUCCAUCAUUCAGGAUGCUAAAGUUCCUGGUCUAGCUAGUGAGCCGAAAUGCAAAGUCCUUUUAGUCAUCGAUCACCCCUUUACCGACUGGGCAAAAUACCUGCACAAGCGGAAAAUCCACGGCGACUGGGAGAUUCGAGUUGAACAAGCCCAAAUGAAUGACAUCAGCAUCACAUCUAGCCCGGAUAGUGGUUGCUCGGUGACUGUACAAUACAGCAAAGGCGCAAAUUCCUCAACGCGGCAAGUUGCUUUUGCCAUUUUCACCUUCAAACCCGACUUCGUGUUGAUCCGACAAGGUCUUGGUUCAGCAACACAGCACUACGAAAAUUUGAUUACCGGGUUUAUAUUUGGCGGAGUGCCUUGCCUGAACUCCAUCGAGGCCGUCUACAAUAUGCGAAAUAAGGCAUGGCUUUUUUGCAACCUGAUAGGAAUUCAAAAGAAGCUCGGAGCCUCCGAAUUUCCCCUCAUCCCGAGAAGCUACCAAGCUAAAAGUCAGCCUUCUAAGCCGGACUUUCAAAUGCCAGUAAACGUUCGUCUCGGUGGAGAUUCUUCGCGUGAAUGCGAGGUAAGAGUUGACGAUCCGGCCCUCUACCAAAGCAUGAUGUGUUUGGCGAGCACGACGCAGCGCUACGCUACCACUGAACCUUGCAUUCAGGGCGUCUGUGAUAUUUUCAUUCAAAAGAUUGGAAACUUUACAAAGGCUUUUAUGCGAAAACCAAUCCGAAAUCCAUCACUUGGUUCGUCAAGUUCAACUGUUCUUGAAAAAAUCCCAGUCUCUCCCACGUUUCAGAGGUGGAUUACAGAGGUAGCACAGCUAUUCGGUGGCUUGGAUAUGUGUGCCAUCAAGGCCCAACAAGACAUUCAGGGUGACUAUUACAUCCUUGACGUUUAUGGCUCCGACUUUACGCUGUUUGGUGACGGACAGGAGGAGGACAGAUCGAGAAUCGCUGAGCUCAUUGUUCAGCGCAUGAUGCAGGCACAGACACUGACCGAGGGACGCCUAUUUGAUUACAGGGUCCCCAGGACUGUAUCCAGGUCUCAAGUGGCUCCAGCGUCCGCCAGACCCUCCCAGACAGCGAUGUCUGCCCAAGUUUAUGGUUCCCCUCCCUCGAUGCCAGAGCCUCCGGCUGACACGAUUCAUGGACAAGGCCGAAAUCCCCAAUUGCAACAGUCGACCUUCACAAAACAUGAUCAGCAACGGCAGGCGGCAGCACCGCCACUGUCUACGUUUUCCUCUUCACAGACCUUUAGAGAGCCUGUGGAAAAUGAACCAAAGCCGUCACCUGCGACAGUCGACUUCAGUCCGAUCACAACACCACUCCGUUAUCAGAUGCCAGAACGACAAUCACAAUUCGAUUCGCCACCGACUAGAACGGAGUCCAGAGAUAAGGAAGCAAAAGACGCAACCACCACCAUCGCAACAUCGGGCCGUGCUCCUUCGAUGGACUUUUCAAGUCAACCCCGAUCAGUACAGAUGAAGUUUGGAAGAGAAGAAACUGAAGGUGCUUCUGCCAUUGUGGGAUCAUCGGUAAAGAGAAAACCAUCAGACACAUCAGUUGGAAGGGAUGUGCAGGCGACCCGAGAGCCCUUUUGUGAAGGCAACAUCACUGCGUCAGGACAAACAAGGAUGCGGCCGACGAAGGAAGCAGCACCUCAACCACCCAGACAAGCCUCACUGACAGGUCGCCUCGAUACGCCUACUAAAUCGACUGUCAGCACGAAUAUAUUCGAGCCCUCAAUGAAUAUCUUUCAACCGGAGUCGCACAACCAGCCUCUACUGGCGGGAUUUCAAAGUCAGCCCAAGGAAAGAGUGGACGAUCCCGCAAGCAUAAUGAAAUUUGAUAACUUAUCGUCGAUGGAUUUCGGGCAACUGAAAACAAGGGCCCCCCCAUGUAACGACCCUUGGAGCGUCCCCACAACACAGUCACCCGCACCGGUGGAUAGUAAGCCACAGACCACCCCGACGUUACCUUUCACUUCCAAGGCAGUUCCCCUGCAUAGCGAGGCCCCCAGGCAGACUCCUCAACUCUCUCCCAAUCCCGAUGACACCGACGAUACGAUGAAAAACCUGCGGAAGACUUUCGCAGGCAUUUUCGGUGAUAUCUGA